GACACCUGUAAAUCGUCACCGACGACUCUGUGUGUGGUGGACUCAUUACUCGCUCUCUGCUCACUGUAAUAGUGUGGGCCGAGUUAAUUUACACCGUUCUACAAGUGGUCUUUUCUUCCCAGUGUUGUCACAUGAAAAGAAUGUCAUUAAAGAUAUUUACAAAAAUAUGAGGAGUGCACUCACUUUUGGGUGAGACAGUGUAACUCUCUCUGUCGUACAAGGGUUGUCUCUCGUUUGAGAUCACUUCAAUUUAGUGCCUUGGCAUUGCAGCAAGUGCAAUAUGCAAAUUACUGCCACACCUCAAAACCACACUCACUGAGAAUAUCACGAAUACUACCCCCCCUAAAAAAAAUAUGACGCGUGUCUUUGUUCAGACCUGCGCGAGCAUGCUCGCGCCGCCAGAUGGCGCCUUCACGCGCACUGGAAAUCUGGGUUAAAGCGCGCGUGCACGCCGAGGGGAAGCAUCUGCCCACCCGCACGCACGCACGCAUACGCGCGCGCUCGUGGGCAGGCAGGCAGGCAAGCAGGACGCCGCCUCCAACCCAUCAGACAACAGACGAACCGAGAAGAACGAGACGAACCUGAAGAAGAAACGGAGCGAGCGAGCAUGAAGAAGAGCAGCCACGCAGGACCGGGGCCUCAGGACCCGGCCCAUUCAGGUGCCCCACCUCCGCCGGAUAAGUUCGGCUGGCUGAGGAAGUUCUGCGGCCGCGGGAUCUUCAGGGAGCUUUGGAGGAGUCGCUACGUGGUCCUCAGAGGAGAACACUUGUUCAUAUCGGAGAAGGAGGUGAGGGACGAGCGCAAAUCUCAGGAAGUCGUGGACCUGGCCGACUACGAGCGCUCGGAAGAGUUGAGGAAGGCCAAGAGUCGCAGCAAGAAGAACCACAGCCGCUUCACACUCAUCCGAUGCCGACGGCGCGGCAACACGGUUCCCAACCUUCUCUUCCUGGCCGUCAGUCCCGAGGAGAAAGAGUCAUGGAUCACCGCUCUCAAUGUCGCCAUCGCCAAGGCCAAAAAUAGAGUUUUGGACCAGGUGACCAUGGAGGAGGAUGUGUUGGUGCAUCCCACCCGAGACCGAGCCAAGAUCCCGCAAGGACGCCGUCUUCCCACCCGGGGACAUUUGAUGACCGUGGCCUCCUCGUCCUGUCACGGCAUGCUGGCCCUCGAUCUAGUGGCCGAGGAGGAAGGCUUCUCAGAAUGUGACGGCACCUCCUGGGAGAGUGUGUUCCGCGUGGGCUCCAAUGGGCGGGUGGCAACGGCGGCGGCCGGAGGCGGCGGACGUCAGCGUUCGGGGACGGACGUGUCCAAACUACGAGUACGAACCAAGGAACCCAAAGUGAAGACGGGAAGUCUGCCCAGAGGAAGCGAGCGUUCCUGGGGGAAAUAUUCCCACCUGGAAAACUCCAAGGUGCACAAGAGCCAACAGCUGCAGGUCCUUCAAAAACAUUCCAGAACCCCUCAGCCUGGGAAGCGGAACAGCAUCGUGGGGCGGAGCCGCUGCGCAUCCAUGGAUGAAGUCCUCUCCUCUAGACCGGCGAUGAUUCGCUCUGAGUUGCGUUGGGCUCUCAGCCGACGUCCUGCAGAAGAGGAGGGCGGAGCCUCGGUGCAGCCCGUGGGUCAACUGCAGUCUCUCAUCGCCCAGAAGAUGCAACGGGCGCAGGAACUGCUUGAGGAACUACGACUGCAGGAGCUGCAGAAGGCCAAGGCUGAGCGAGAGAGAGGAGGAAGCGCAGCGUUUGAGAAGGGGGUGGAGUCUCCUCGUCUUCAUCACCUCAGGGGCGGAGACUCACCUCAUUCCAGGUCAUCAUUGUCUCCUCGUAGCCGUAGCGGUGAUUCUCCUGGCCCCCGACGUAAGGACUCGCCCCGACUGAGAAGUCGCGAAUCUCCACGCUGCAAAGCCCACAAGAAUCGUUCCCGGGAUGUCGAUUCCCCUCGCUCCCGAGGCUCGCGGUCUUCCGCUUGUCCAAGCGACUCCCCUCGUCUGAUUGACUCGCCCGAUCCUUCCUCAGAGGCGCUCCGUCUUCCCGAAUCGCCGCCGAUCACCCUGGGACCAGACAGCGGCGCCGUGGAUUUGCCGGCCAAGUCGUCGACGUGUCCACACAGCGGUGACGAUUCGUCCUGCGAAGGUCACAACGAAUCCAAGAGCUUGUCAGAGUCGUCAGACGCCUGUCAGACCAAAACGCCCCAAAAACCGAAGCAGGAUGAGGUGGAGCUCCAGAAGAGGUGUGCUGAGGCAGAGCGCCUCCUAGUGGAGGCCAUGUGUUCCUGGCAGGAGGCGCAGGAAGUGCUGCAGGAGGUAAAAGAGCUGCAGAGUCACACGUUGCGACGCCAGCGUAGGAGAACCUACGAGAAGAUGACGCCGACCACGCCCGCCUCACCCGAGGGCGCGGCAGACGUCGACACGGGCAAAGUGGCGACGUCGCCUGAGGACGAGUCUGAGUCGCCCUGAACCAAACUUUAUCCUUCUCAGGAAAUUUCCACUUUUAUACCACCUUGCAGGGCAUGUGUGUUUUCCAACCAGCACUUAUCACGUGACUCCACGGAAUUCCACGGAAGCACAUCUGACUCAACUUGAUUCCAGGUGACUCUACGUUGAUGCCAACAUGACUCGAGGUGCCCCCCGUUUCAUUCCAUGUGAUUGCAUGUUACUCCAUUUGACACUGUCUGACCACGUGACUCACCUUACUCCACCUGACACCUUAUGACUCCACUUGAUGCCAUCUUUCUGAAUCAACUUGAUUCUAUGUGACUCCACAUGACCCAAAGUAACUCCACUUGACUCCGUUUGAUUCCACGUGACUCCAUAUGACUCUGCUGGAGUCCAACAUGACUUCUCGUUAUUCCACCCGUCUGCACAAAGUACGAGUCCGAGUCGCCCCGACUCUUCCUCCUCAGGAAUCUUCCACUUUUCUUCCAAUUUGGAGGGUACGGGUGCCCUUCUCUAACCAGCAGAAAAAACAAAAUGGGUCAUCAAUGCGAUGAUUUGCUGCUGCAGCACUUUUCAACACGUUUUCAACUCGGAUGGGUUUUCUUUUUUUUCCGAGCAGACUUUUCUAGCUGAAAAUGGAAAUGACUGAAAAUGGCUCGUGGCUUCCUAUGAAGUCUCGCAAUCGAGCAUGCGUUUGACAACCAGCAAUAAGAAGCAACAAAAAUGGCUUCCUAUCGAUGACACGAGAUGGUUAUUUGAUGCUUUGGAUAAAACUUGCUGGGCUGACUUUUUGUCCAAGUCACCGAGCAGAUUUUUUUUUUUUUUUUCUCUUACAAUGAUUAAGUCAUCAGCAAUAACGUCAUCAGCGAUGACGAUGUCAUCAACAACUUUCAAACUUGAACGUUUGUAUUCUCAAGGAAUUUUUCAAGUCUGCAAUACGCCAAGUUUAAAAAAAAAA